AUGUUUCCACGGGACCUCUGGACGCUGCAGUGCCGCAUGGCACAGGGGCAGGGAGAGGGACAGGGACAGAGACAGAGACAGGGACAGUCCCGCACCCCGAUCCCACAGGGGCAGGGGCAGUCCCGCACCCCGAUCCCACACGGGCAAGCGCACAAGGCACACCCCGAUCCCACAGGGGCAGGGGCACACGGCACACCCCGACCCCACAGGGGCAGGGGCAGUCCCGCACCCCGACCCCAGAGGGGCAGGGGCACACGGCACACCCCGAUCCCACAGGGGCAGGGGGCACACGGCACACCCCGAUCCCACAGGGGCAGGAGCACACGGCACACCCCGACCCCACAGGGGCAGGGGGCACACCCCGACCCCGCAGGGGCAGGGGCACACGGCACAGCCCGACCCCACAGGGGCACAAGGCACACCCCGACCCCACAGGGGCAGGAGCAGUCCCGCACCCCGACCCCACAGGGGCUGGGGCAGUCCCGCACCCCGACCCCACAGGGGCAGGAGCACACGGCACACCCCGACCCCACAGGGGCAGGGGGCACACGGCGCACCCCGACCCCACAGGAGCAGGGGCACACGGCACACCCCGAUCCCACAGGGGCAGGGGCAGUGCCGCACCCCGACCCCACAGGGGCAGAGGCAGUCCCGCACCCCGAUCCCACAGGGGCAGGGGCACACGGCACACCCCGACCCCACAGGGGCAGGGGCACACGGCACAGCCGCACCCACGGGGCGGGGCCGGCGCGGGGCUGGGCGGGGCCUUGA